AUAUUCUCCCAUACUAGUCAAGAUGCCCAAAGCUGCCACCCAAAGUCUCACGAAGACUACCAAGUCAAAGUUGCCUAGCACCACCAAGUCUUCGGCAAAGUCUACCUCUAAGGAUACUAAGACCACCGGAAAGACGAAAGUACCUAGGGGUAAGAAAGAGAAGGACCCGAACGCGCCAAAGGGUGCCAAGAGCCCGUAUAUUAUUUUCUGCCAAGAUAACAGGGAGGAGGCCAAGAAAGAGGCUGAGAACACCAGGGAAAUAAUGCGCAUACUUGCAGACAUGUGGAAGAACUUGUCAGAACAGGAUAAAGAGCCCUACAAAGCUAAGAGCCAAAAGGACAAGACGAGGUUCGAGCGCGAGAUGAAGGCAUACAAGGGCAAAGAGAACCGCUCUGAAGAUACGGAUUGAGCUGGCUGCCGCUCUUGCCGUAUGUUUUCGCUCCUUCUGUCCUUCCCUUUUCAGGUCUUUUCUCUUCUCUGUUGUAUGAUUUCUAUGGUUUCCGGAUUCAAGAAUGCUUCCCUGUCAUGGUGAUCAACAUGUAGUAGUAGUCCAGCAAACAUGUAAUCACGCGUAACGGUGCGCAUAUAUGCUGGCCCAUAUCAUGGCUGAAUCAGAACUGG